UUUCACCACAAAAUCGGAUGCUCCAAGUUUAGAUGGGUUGCACCCGACUUGAAUAAAGUUGUUUUUCAGUAACAACCGGGUUGACCCAUGACAAUUCGGGCGGCCUCGCUGGAAGAGUGUGACACAAGCGGUUUUCGAUCUGUUCCACAAAUUAUGCCGUGAAUUCUUUGAGUCUCAGCAGUUGUCAAUCUGCUCCGUUAAUUUAGCCGUGUCAUUUGAAUUACCCGAAAUUUCAAAUUGGGUGGUUAAUUCUCUUUCACUUUUGCAAGCACCGCCUGGACAGGUUUUCAAAUUGGUGGGUAGAUUUGAAUCUGCUCCGUUUAUGCAGGACAAAGGAGGCGUUGUACUACUAACGAGUCCAACGGAUGGGAAUGGAAGCCGACUUUGCAAAGAGAAUCUACACCCAAAUCCAAAUGCACCGUGUAUCAAUCCUGGAGGCAAGAUGAAAGUCGAUAGCCAGCAACGCAGUAUAGGUAGCAUACUACAUUCUGUUGGAAAACCAAAUGAAAUGAAAAAUACAUGUAAGAGCAGUCAUAGCACAGCACGUGGUGAAAAUCCUGUAUUUGCAACUCCGACUGGCAUCACGAGAACAAGCAUAACUUCUUCAGGAAAUGUGAGAAUUCCCGGCCAAAUAGUGGAUCCUCUCUUGGUAGUGUGCUAACGAAUAGUUGCCAAAAAAGCAAUUUCAGUACAACCCAAAUGUUCUGUUGGAAAAUCCAUGGGUAAAUCUUCUUAAAUUGUAUUUUGUAAUGUUUUCUUUUUGCUGCCAAAUUGUCCUGCUUAGUUUUGCUUGGUAUUAGGAUGCUAUCUCCUAAUAAAUGCUAUAAGUUUAAUAGAUCGCAUCAAGUAUCAGCAUCUAAAUUGUCAAUAGCAUCAUUGGUAUUAGGAUGCUAUCUCCGUCCCUAAACGAAGAUAUUGUUGCAUCUUGACUUUCUCGGAAGGUUUAUCAUUUUAAUCCUAAAAUCUUGCAUCUCAUCUCUUUUGCAUUCAAAAUUGACAUUAACAUGUAGCAGACUUCUUCAAACAUUCACGAUAAUAGACUUCUUCAAUCAUUAAUGAUAGUGGCCAGAAUUGUCUAAGGUGUACAGGUGUUCUAAGAUUGGCUGCUUCUGUUGCCAGUGUAUAAGCACAAUAAUUGGUUGCUUCCAUUUACCGAUUCUUCUUGCAAAAAUUGGAUCGAAGUUUGUCAUCAUGGCCGCGAUGAUAUGGUGGUAGCCAGAAUUAUAAAGGAAUACAUAAAAAAGUGGUGGUAUUCCUCUCAUUAGAAGCUAUUUUAUGUUAAAGUUUUAACAUUACUUCACAACAGUAAGUUUUCUAGAAUUUCCAGCCACUAACAUAUAAUGUACAAAUCAUGAUUAUAAUAGACAUUUUAUUAUUUUUAGGUCUAAGCCCCCAUGUUUCAACUUUCAGGCUUACAAACAGAAGUAUAGCAAUGUCCAGCAAUGACAAUCCAUUCCAUUUGCCAGCCACAACAAUAAAUCAACAAAUCAGGUCUCAAACCUAUGGUAGAUUUAUUACUCGAUCAGAAAUUAUUAGUUUAUUAUUAAGUUAAUAAUCUUACAUGUAAAGUAUUGUUAUUGUAAUGAUCAUUACUAAGAAAUUUUGAAACCCAUGACGCUGAUACUUGAUGCAUAUUUACAAUGAAAAAGCAGAAGCAAUGUGCAUUUAUUUGGA